UGGCCCCGUCCUGUUGACAGCGUUGGCAGCACUUCCGGUCUGACAGUCAGGGCCGCACCGGCGACAGAAACUGAAAAAGCGCCAUAUAGCUAUAGUGUGGAUGACGUUUCUUCGCGGCUAUGCUAUUCUGUUUAUUUUCUUUCCCGCGUAAUGGUUUUCUGACAAAGUCCCUGACAUCGGGGUUGUUAUUUUAAUGCUAUACAUAUUGCCCCUCACACGCCUAUAAUCUGAUCAAUUGAAGAAGAAGGAGCUGUUGAUGCUCCUGGAGUCAUACUGCUCCUUACUUGCAAGAGGAUUUACCAAAACAACAAAAAAAAAACUGGCACAGUGGAAAAAAGGAAGAGGAACCUUCUUGUCCUGUCUGCUGGCACAAUCAGCAACUAAGAGGAGACAUAUCAUAGCCUGAAAAACUCCAGAGGAGGGGGCAUCAUCUACAAAAAAGCGAGAGGAAUAUUGUUGCAAAGAAAAAAGAGAAGUGUAACAGAGAGAAAUCAAGGACAAAAAAAAACUGCUAACGCAAAAAAACAUAUCUUUAGUUCUCUCCACCCUCCUUUGUGUUUUCCUCACUUUUUCAUCAGGAUGAAGCUGAAAGAGGAUGUGCCUCCUCUUUUCAUGCACGUCUUUCGUUCUGUGGUUUGGGUCUACUCCUUAAUUACCUUUAUACCCUGGUACUUCCUGUCUGGAGCAGGGUCCAACCAGGCCCGGGCCAAACGCAUCAAGGCACGCUCAGUUACCGGGAAUCCAGCCGGACCAUACCGGGCAAUCGGCAGCCUGAAGCAUCUUGUUUCAGAACUCCAUGGUGGAAUGGGAACUCUGGAUAAAGUGUUUGAGUAUGCAGUUAAACACUUUGCUCACAGGGACUGUCUCGGUACCCGUGAGGUGCUCAGUGAGGAAGAUGAAGUGCAACCCAGUGGAAAAGUGUUCAAAAAGGUGAUCUUGGGUAAUUACAACUGGCUGUCAUAUGAGGAAACCUUUCAGCUCGCCCAGAGGUUCGGGAGUGGCCUGGCAGCCUUGGGUCAGAAGCCUCAGUGUAACAUCGCUAUCUUCUGUGAGACUCGUGCCGAAUGGAUUAUAGCAGCACAGGCCUGCUUCAUGUACAACUUCCCAUUGGUGACUCUAUAUUCUACUCUGGGAGGGGCAGCAAUAGCCCAUGGGCUCAACGAGACAGAGGUCACGCACAUCAUAACUAGUAAAGACCUGCUGCAGAGUCGCCUCAAGGAAAUUCUGCUGGAGGUCCCUAGGCUGCAACACAUUAUCAUUGUGGAUCAUAAGCCCACCAGUUGGCCUGGUUUACCCAGAGGCAUUCUGGUCCACAACAUGUCCUCUGUUCAGGAACUGGGAGCAAAACCCGAGAGCAUGAUGUCGCAGCGGAGACAGCCCCUUCCCAAAGACAUCGCUGUGAUCAUGUACACUAGUGGUUCCACAGGAAUCCCCAAAGGAGUGAUGAUCUCUCACGGAAACCUCAUUGCAGGGGUAGCUGGCAUGGCUGACCGUAUCCCGAACUUGGAUGAGAACGACACCUUUAUUGGCUACCUGCCACUGGCACAUGUGUUGGAGCUCAGUGCUGAGCUGGUAUGUGUUUCUCAUGGCUGCCGCAUCGGCUACUCCUCGCCCCAGACCCUUUCAGAUCAGUCAACCAAAAUAAAAAAAGGCAGUAAAGGAGAUGCCAGUGUCCUGAAACCAACGCUAAUGGCAGCUGUUCCGGAGAUCAUGGACCGUAUCUAUAAGAAUGUGAUGACUAAGGUGGAUGAGAUGAGCAGAAUGCAGAGGACUCUCUUUGUUCUGGCCUACAACUACAAGAUGGAGCAGAUCACCAAAGGAUAUAGCACUCCACUCUGUGAUCGACUGGUUUUCAAGAAAGUGCGUUCACUGCUGGGUGGGAACACAAGAGUUUUGCUGUCAGGGGGAGCGCCUCUGUCUGCAGCCACUCAGCGCUUUAUGAACAUCUGUUUCUGCUGCCCGGUGGGACAGGGCUAUGGCCUCACAGAGACCUGCGGAGCUGGGAACAUUAGUGAUUUAUAUGACUACAGUACAGGCCGUGUUGGAGCACCUCUGGUGUGUUCAGAGAUCAUGCUUAAGGACUGGGAGGAAGGUGGUUACUACAGUACUGAUGGGCCUAAUCCUAGAGGGGAAAUUUUGAUUGGAGGACCAAAUGUUACUAUGGGUUACUAUAAGAAUGAGUCGAGGAACAAUGAAGACUUUUUUGUGGACAAAAAUGGCCAGCGUUGGUUUUGCACAGGAGACAUUGGGGAGUUCCAUCCUGACGGUUGUCUUAAAAUCAUUGAUCGUAAAAAGGACCUUGUGAAACUACAGGCAGGAGAGUAUGUGUCUUUGGGAAAAGUAGAAGCUGCGCUGAAAAACUGCCCCCUCGUUGACAACAUCUGUGCUUAUGCCAACAGCGAAGAGUCAUAUGUGAUUGGCUUUGUGGUGCCCAAUCAGAAGCACCUGCUGGCUCUUGCCAGGAAGAAGGAAGUGCAAGGGUCAUGGGAGGACGUUUGUAACCACCCUGAUAUGGAGAAGGAGGUGCUGCGCAUCAUUACUGAAGCUGCUGUGAAUGCCAAACUUGAACGCUUUGAGGUACCCAAGAAGAUCCGUCUGAGUGCCGAGCAGUGGACUCCAGAGACAGGCCUGGUUACCGAUGCUUUCAAACUCAAACGCAAGGAGCUCAAAAGCCACUACCAGGAAGACAUUGAGAGGAUGUAUGGUGGCAAGUAAAAGUAGCAAGGGUCAAUCUGUAGCAAGAAUGUGGGAUUAUUCAAAGUGUUUAGGAUGUAUACGUAUAACACCUAAUAUGCAUUACUACUUCUUUUGGAUAAACCCCCUUAAACCAUAAACAGGCACGUUUAAAUUAUUUUAAGGUAUUAACUGACCAAAACAAAAACAACAAGAUGGUCAACAGGCAUUUAAAAGUGUCUAAUCAUUAACAAUAAAGCAAUUUUUGAUCAGCGUUCUUCUGGACUUCUAGAAGACAAUUGUAUUAUUGACUAAGGAGAUACCAGGACCUGGCCUGGACUAUUUGAGGAACUAAUGACUUCACUUUGAAUCUCAGACAUAAAGCUGGAUGAUCCAGUUUUAUUUAGCCAUAAAGAAAUGCACAGGAAUUGUACAGAGUAAAUUCAUAAGACUUGUAAAUUCAUUCCAAUCUCCAACAGUGGGACUGUGAUUAGAUACUGGGAAAUAGGUAGCAUUAUUUGUGCAGGGAAAAUUUUUUAAACUGUUUGGGUUUUUUUUUUUUUUUUUCAUGUUGGUUCUGUUCAUUUCUUUUUGGUGAUUUAUCUGGGAUCUGUGAAAUGAAGUCUUGAGAGAUUUCAGUGUGAAGGUUAUUUAUUACAUCAUAUUUCCAUACUUGUGCUCUUUUUUUUUUAAUGAAAGCACUCCUUAAUAUUUUGUAUACAUUUUAUUGUUUUCUUUCACUUGUCCUUGGUUCCAUUUCUGUUUUACUUUUUACUCAGUGUGUUACAGAGAAUUACUGGUACUCUUGGAUAAAACACUCCUGGUAAUGGCGUUAAUAAUAUACUAUGUAUUGUUGUAUAUGAUGCUCUACUUCCGGCGUUCAUACCUUUUUAAUAAAUUAUUUGAAGCUCUGUA